ACGGUACCGCACAAGAUCCCUUUCCUUCCCCUCAAGCCAUGGUCCGGAUAUUCACAAUACCAGACGUCCAGCAUGUCGUCGGCCAGCGCUCCGCCGCCCGCAUCACCGUCAGGUAAACCGAUCGACCCUAUAUUGCGCAAUGCGCUCCGCUACACCAUCUCGGCAAAGGAGUAUCAACUCCUCCACCAGUACCUCCUUUCGCGUGCGCCUGUUGUCAAGAAACGAAGCAUACAUCCAAAGCGAUAUGAUGCGAUUGCCAAGGGGCCUGAUGACUAUAAUGUAGCCGCUUUCCGCGCUGCGUUGCGCUUGGGUGUGGUGACUUUGACCGGACUGAAGGCGUGGGAGCUCAUUCAGACAAAGCUGUUAUCACGGGCGCCAGCGAAGAAAUCUGCCACGCGGACGUCUCUCUGGAAAUCGCCCAAUGUGCGUCUCAGCAGCUCUCUCGCCCUCAUCCUCCUCUUCCACCGGCUCCUCCGCCGCGUCUUCGUACGCAUCCGCGAGAGCCUCCUCAGCAACGAAGCGCGCUCAUUCCGGCGGCGGAACCCCCGUAUAUCUCGUUCUCUAACCUCACGGCUCGCACCAGCCAUUGGCUCCAGUCUGGCAGGCUUCUUCCUCGCCGUAUACCCCGGCGACCAGCUACGUGUCACAAUAGCCAUCUACAUCAUGACGCGGGCCCUUGAGUUCCUCUACAACUACCUGGAAGAACUAGGCUAUUUCAAAAACAGCCCAAAUUGGUUUGGGUCCUGGCUCAUCAUGCCCGUAGCAUGCGGCCAGCUCCUCCACGCCUUCGUCUUCGACCGCGACUGCUUCCCCGCUGGCUUCGGCGACCACUUGAUGAGAAACUCACCCGAAUAUGUGCAGAAGCGACCGAAAGGCUACCCCGCACACCUCCCCUGGCCAGGUACUUUGGAUAUCGUCGAUAACCUAGCUGAAAUCUCGCGACAGCGUUGGCCCCCUUUUGUCUCACCGAUCCUUUUCCCCGCCGCUGAGACCCUCCCCAAGAGCCUCAGCGCCAUCGCUCCCAUCACCUCGCCCGCCCAUCCAGCCAUAAAGUCGCUUUCCUGCGCACUACUACACCCCCAGGACCCAUCUUGCCUACGCACAUAUAUCCAAUACUGGAUCCAAGCCUUCCCGCGCAUCGCCCGUUUCUUCACUGUAAUCCUCUCAGUAAUGAGUAUCGCAAAAUACAAAAACUUCGUUAACGCCCCAAUCACUUCAAUGCGUAAUCUCGCUAAAACUAUCUUGCGCAUGACCAUCUUUCUCUCGGGCGCAAUAGGCACGAGCUGGGGUUCCAUCUGCUUGAUGCAAAAUCUCCUUCCUCGCUCCCUCCUCGCGACCCACCGAUGGUUCCUCGGCGGGUUUGUAGGUGGCCUGUGGGGGUUUCUGGCGAGGAGUGCUGGCAGGGGAAAUUACUUGUACAUGGCGCGGCUGAGCAUUGAUUCGGCGUGGAAGGUGGGUGUGAAGCGGAGGUGGUGGAAGGCUAUCAAGAAUGGUGAUGUGUGUCUUUUUGUGGUUAGUUUGGCCGUCGUGAAUGCGCUUUAUGAAGUUAGUCCCCGCUCGGUGAAUAGUGGAGUUGCGAGAAAGGGACUGGGUGUGCUGAGAGGUGAGGGGUGGGUAGAUAGGGCGGUUGUAGUGAGAGAGGAGGAGCGAGAAGAGAAGGAGGAAUGA